GUGAUACAGGAUCAUGAACUUUGAGCUCGUUCUACUUGAACAUAGAAAUAAAUUGUGCAAAUCCUGCUGUGUGCCGUUAACAGCCAGUUGCAACAGAUCCACUAUACGUCUGCCUUGUUUCAGAUAUCCUUUUGAUAUGGAGAACAAUCUUUGCGUAGUACUGCAUUCAAAGGGGGACCUCCGAUUGGAAGAGCGACCAAUCCCUGAACCUGGACCUAACGAUGUAUUACUGCGGAUGCAUUCGGUGGGGAUCUGUGGCUCUGACGUGCACUACUGGCAGCACGGGCGGAUCGCGGACUUUGUGGUGAAACAGCCAAUGGUGCUGGGGCACGAGGCCGCAGGGAGGGUGGUCAAGGUCGGCUCGGCAGUCAAGCACCUCAAUGUUGGGGACCGUGUGGCUGUCGAGCCAGGGGUUCCUAGAGAAAUGGACGAUUUCUUAAAAUCUGGACGCUACAACCUGUCACCCACCAUCUUCUUCUGUGCCACGCCCCCCGACGACGGCAACCUCUGUCGAUACUACAAGCAUUGUGCCAACUUCUGUUACAAGCUUCCUGACAACGUGACCUUCGAGGAGGGCGCGCUGAUUGAACCACUGUCCGUGGGAAUCCACGCGUGUCGUCGGGCUGGGGUCACCCUCGGAACAACCGUCUUAAUCUGUGGCUCCGGGCCUAUUGGGCUGGUCUGUUUGCUUGUGGCCAAAGCAAUGGGUGCCUCAGUGGUUGUCAUCACAGAUCUAUCCUCGGAGCGUUUGAAGAUGGCCCAGGAGGUAGGGGCUGACUUUCCACUGUUGGUGACGAGAGAGGACUCGGCACAGGACGUAGCCCAGCGAGUGGCGGGAAGGCUGGGGAAUCAGCCACACGUCACCAUUGAGUGCACCGGAGCGGAGAGCAGCAUACAAACCGCCAUCUAUGCUACCCGGUCUGGCGGUGUGGUGGUCCUGGUGGGUCUGGGUGCAGAGAUGGCCAGCGUUCCUUUGGUCAACGCCGCGGUCCGGGAGGUGGACAUCCGCGGGGUGUUCCGCUACUGCAAUACCUGGCCCAUGGCCAUCGCCAUGCUGGCGUCGGGGAAGGUGAACGUGAAGCCACUGGUGACCCACCGCUUCCCCCUGGAGGACGCCGCUCAGGCCUUUGAGACCACACGCCAAGGUCACGGGGUCAAGGUCAUGCUGAAGUGUGAUCAAAGCGACCAAACGCCAUGAUGAUGCUAGAAGAGACACACAGUCUAACAGCCACAGUCAGAGACAUACAAUCACACUGAUAUACUGCCUUUUUACAUCCGAAACAGAAUAAAUGAAUGACAUUAAUAAAUGUUUAUUAAAUACCAUGAGAUCCAAUUUGGUUACUUACCUGCAUUAUUUAAAAUGGGCAUUAGGGGACUCAAGUCACAAGAUUUUAUAAGCCAUUCCAUAGAUAAUCAGACAGAUCGAAACAAUCAAAAGAGUGCCGGUGUUUCCAAACCUGCGGGUUGCGAUUGCUUGAAAUGCAUAUUGUGGGAGAUUCAGUCAUAUAAGCUAAAUGUGUUAGAUUCAUUAUGACCAAGAGCAGCCUAAUGACUCUUUGACAAAAGCAAAUUACUACCAACAACUUCAUUGGGACAUAACUUGCAUAUGUUGAUGGAUAACAUAUGCAAUAACGAUACACAUUACACUGCAUAACAAUGUUAUACGUUUGGAGCCCAUAAAGUGUUUGGAACCAAAGAUUAAAUAAGCAUCCAGGUAAACUGAGUCAAAUUGGUUCCGUUUUAUUAUCUUGCAGAAAUUACUGAUAGUUAUUGCACACAGAGGCAUGCACACAGAAGAUGUUUGUAUGCGUAGGGUUUUCAGUCUUUUUUUUUCUUUAUAAGCCAUAACUCCAAAGUAAGUAGGACAGCUGUUUUUUCUGCCACAGUGCAAUUAAAUAGCUCUUUCUUUCUCACACUCUUGACAGGAAGUUGUGUGCUAGCAGAUACUAAAACGUGAGUGAGACAUGGGCACAAUAUACUAGACAUUUUAAUUCUUAUGUAAAGACAUUCUUGUACUGCUGAUGACAACAGAGCUCACAUAAAACAAUACAUUCACAGUACACUCCUCCCCUCCCCCCCACCAGAAACAACAAAUAAGUACACAUACCCAGGUACAGAAACACACGCACAGAUUAGUCACUUAAAAAGAAGAAUGUUAAAACUUUAUCUUUUUCAAAAGAAUGACCUCGAUGUCAUAAGCUAAGUUAUUACUGUAAAUGUUCUUGAAGUUGCAUCGCAUCUUAUUGAAAUGAGGCGUCGUAUAUCCAUUCAUGGGAACGGUAAAUUAUGUGAGGAUCCCUUUUGUGAUGUCCAUUCCAGAGUUGGAAUUUUUUUCUAUUGGCCUAAACUAGUAGUAGUCGUAUCUGUAACAAAAUGGCCGUUGCUCCCGGUUAGCCUCUGCUGAGACCUCCUUGUCCACCUGCAGAUUAGCACGUUAGCAUACAAACUCAUCGGCGCGAUACUUCGCGCUGUAGGUUCACAAAAUCUCAUUAAAUAAAGAUAAAGCAUACCUGUGUUUUCCAGCUCACCUAUUUACACACUCAACCCUUUCCUUUCUUUAUGUUUGACCUUCAACCUUUCUCUCAGAGACAUCAGCCACUAUUUACAUGGUUAAAAUAAAUAUCAACAGAACGGACAUCGAGACAGUAGAAGCACAGGAAAAUUAUCGCACUCCCAACAGAAGUAGAACAUAAAUAGAAAAAAACGCCUGCUCGUUCUCAACCACCUGAUGUGUUGGUGACAUCAUCACUCCCGGCAUGUUCGAUGAGGAGAGCAUGGGUGUGGGAAGCCCUGACAUGUUUGCACAGAAUGGGAGGAUAAACAUUGAAAGAAAAUAAUGUUCAAUCUGUUUUGUUGUCCAGGGGAAAAAGCUGUCCUUAUUGGUCCGCUCGGGUUGCACCUUGGGAUUGUGAAGACCAAUCCUAGCUGUCGGCUUGAUGAGUUAUGCAUGGUCCUUCCCCUUCCUUCAAAUGAAUAUUGGUGUUUCCUGUCCAGUAAGCAGUCUGAACAUGGCAGCUGGCAUGGUCUUCAUGUGGAUCUGCCAGGCAAGGAAACAAUGUUAACCUCUCAAACUAAAUGUAAUUUCAAGUCAGUUUUAUGUGGCUAUCCCUUGAUCACAGUUCUAGUCGCAAAGAGCUGCACCGGCCCACACAAUACAACCCCUUAGCCUUAGCCUCUAAAGGACAAGGAGAAGGAAAAACUAUCCCUUUCCAGGGAUAGUUUGGAGGGAAUAAGUGGUCUCAAGGGCAAAAGUAAAUGGGCAGUUUCAGGAUCUCCAUUUCCGUGAUGCAAAUAGAAACAUGUUCCUUUAAGUGUGUAAUCACAGCUGGCAGGUGUACAAGUUUUUCCAGUUCGGGCCAGAAGGGGCCUGCAAAAACUCACUUACAAGAUAAAAUAAGCGAAUGGGAAUUUUGUACCCCCAUUGAUGAAGUUUUUCAUUUUAUCUCUAGGUUAGGGAAAGCAUUAUGUACCUAAUUGAAAAUAUCCAAUAUGAAAUCAGCUUUAUUACGGUGCUACACAACAAAGGCCAGCAGGGGCCACGGUGAGUCAUUGGAAAUCUAGGGGCAAAUGGGUAGAAUUCAGUUGGUGCAAUCUGCACCCUCACCUCUCGAUGCUACUGAAUUCUAAACACUGGACCAAUUUUUGCAGACAGAAACUCGACUGCCAGGUGAAGUAUUGCUGGUUCCUUUGACCAGUCGAUGUGGGGAAACGCUCAUAUCUGUCUUAUUGACAAAUGUCCUAUUCUGUGGUUUAGGUUGGAGAUGAUUUUAGGCGUGUGUAUUUGUGUGGCUCUAACCUCUCCCACUGAGUUGGAGAGGGCCUGGACGAUCUUCUCAUGGGCGGUGGCAACCACACUUUGACUGUUGAUCUCGAUGAUGCGGUGUCCCACACGGACCCCCCCUCGCUCCGCGAUGCCCCCCCGCAUCAAACUGCAAAUCUGUGUGUUUAGACAAAGAAACAACAUUAAACUCAUCUGCUUGGUUUGCUAAGCUUAACACUUACUAGAGUUUCCUCAACCUCUAGUUGUAAUUAAACCCAUAGCUAUGGUCUUUAAUCCCCAGUCGAUAAUAUAACAAAUUUCGGAGCACACAAUAUAUUAACAUUUUGCCUAUAAUGUUACAAGUUACAACUAAUAACAGUUACGAUCAGAACUAUAAGUCACAUGAUGUAGCCUAUUAGGAAUACCGAGUUGAGUAAAUAUUAUACCCCAGACAUAUCGGCUUUGGUGUUUUUCUUUUGAGGGGUUACACAAGGAAAAGCCUUCAUUGUUAAGUAGUAGAUAAGGGAGGGUAAGGCUAGGUAUAAGAUAAGGUAGGAUAUAACAAGGGAUUAACCAAUGUUAUUGACAACAAUGUAAAAAAAAAAAAGGGAGUAAAAUGUGCGCAUAUGUGUAUAUGUGUAUGUUUUUCUUUCAAGAGACAUUUCAUACAUAUUUUAUACUGAUGUAACACAGCUACAUUUCACAUUGGUGAUAUCAUGACGACUAAUGACUAAUACUUCUAUCUGGCAAAGCUGGGGUGGAUGGCGAUUCUGCAGACCUUAGGCUUCGCCGUUACCAUUUCAUCUCGCUUAUAUUUUAUCUCUAGUGGAUGGGGGCUCCCAAUUACUAUCUGGCGUGGACUGGCACUCGUGUCCUUUUCCAUGAAAUAUGUUUCUUGCAAGGCUGGGGUUGAUUAGAAAUAUGUAAUAUUAAAAUUUAGAGAGCGUGACGUCAUCACGCUCAAGCCUUAACGGAAGACCAACUGAUAAUUUACGAAGCGGGUAUGUAAUUGUUACCAAGUAAUGAAGUCUGAAAUAGUUGAAGUGUCAGAGAAUGAGCCGACUGCUUCGCCGUCCUACCAUUGAUUUCCAUUGUUAAAAAUAAUAUUUAAAAAGUAGAAUAUCAUAAAAAGUUUAAAAUAUUUUAAAAGUUUGAAUAGAAGUGCGUGAUUCCAAGCUAAUCUGAACAUUUUAAAAACAUUUUUAAAAACUGUGGAAGGAGCAGGGUCCCAAAAUUUGUAGAGAAUGAUAAAGAAAGAAAGAACAAAAGAAUGCAUUUCCUGUUGAAAAUGCGGUGAUUGCUGUAGUGCAAAGUGAGGUUGAAAUAUGUUUUCGUAAAGCCACAUAGAUUAAGACAAAAAUAAAUGUUAAAAGGCUUAAAUCAAGUGAAGGGAUUUGAACAGAGUCUAAAUGUAGUAAACAAUGUGAACAUGCACAGGUUUUUAGGUGAAAACUUGUGUAAGGAUUAGGGUCCCAAAGUCUGUAUAGAAUAAGAAAGAAAGAAAGAAUAAAACCAUAGUUUAAAAACCAAGAAGAACAAUAGUUUGGCGCUGCAUGCGGCACUCACCUAAAUAUAGAAUACACAAUAAGAGUAGCAGUAAUUCUGACAAAGGUACUAGUUGUAAAUCGCUUUGGAUAAAAGCAUCUGCUAAAUGCCCUAAAUGUAAAUGCAACAAUAUGUGUAAACAUUACAGGCAGUUGAAUCAGACAUUAUUAACAUUAUAUGCUUCAUUAUUGUAGACCAUUAUACAUACAGUUAGUGUGUCCAGGGCCGUCCCAUGUACGGGGGAGAACAUUUAGAGAUUUAGAGAUGUUUUUUUUUUAUCAACUAUUGUCCUUCUUGCAGUCUUCAAACAGACUAUAAAUAUGAAGUGAUAGAAAGCUAGAAGGUAUUUGCUAAUAUGAGGAUUUGGUUAACAUAAUCUAUGUUAACAACACUUCUGCUCCUGUUCAGCAAUGGCUCAUUGAUGUU